AUGAGACAUCCAUCUGAAAAGAUUGGUAAUAGCCCUAUAUCCCCGCCGCCAAUAACCACAACCAUAGCACCUCCGAAAGACUGGUCCGAAAGAGCGACUCCACGAGCACAAACAAGAUACGAAUUUGAUGAAUCAGGGCGACGCACACGGUCCAGCAGCAGCUUAGAAGUUUAUCAGAUAUACCCGAAGGUACAUGGAUCUCAAGAAACCCGCAAACGACAUGCGUCUGUUACUAGUGAUGGGCAAGAAACUAACAUCAUAUUAGGAAAUCUUUCCAGCAAAGAUGCCGAGAUCAAUGCUCUGCGUGCAGCGCUAGCAGAAUGCUGGAAUCUAUGUAAUACGCUGGCUAGUUUAAGCUAUAUAAAUCGAGAGCGGCUUUUCAGAACCCAAGAGGAUGGAAUGCAAGAAGAUGCAUGGAGAUCAUGCUGGCGACUAUGCCAGAAGUUAUAUGAAACGCGAGACGAUGAUUUCGCGCUACAGAUCCACCCCACGCUUGACCUUUGUCGCGACUUUUGCCAGUCCCUCUUCGAGGUCCGUGUUUGCGACAGCGAACUAACGGACUCGGUUUUACGAGUGAGCUUUGAACUAAACAACCAUCUAUACAAUACCCAUGAUCGCAACUUACCAGAUGCGUUCCGUGAACGAACACUGGACUUCUACAUCACACUCUGUCACCGUCUCAUGAAACAACGCACACGACUAGCCGAAACCGACUCAUUACUCAGUGCAUGCUGGACACUAGCCGAGAUGCUUUUUAGCAUUCGGCAAAGUAAACGGGAAGGAAAGAGAUUGGAUGAGGAACUCUUGGGAUCGGCAGUGCAAGCUUGUUGGGAACUUUGUGAUAUCUUCCGAGAAGGCUGGACUCUACACAGCAUGCGUAAUUCUGACCGUGGCACACCACGACCGAGUCAAACAACUUUUGCUCAAGCCUUCCAACAGGCUAAUAGCCAACAUGAAGACGACGAUGAUUUUGCAGAUGAUCCCGGUCUACUUGGUAAUCCAGAGACACCGACCACAAUCUUCGAAGACACAGCAAUGGUAUCACCAGAUGAAGCUCCCGUUCCCAACAUCCUUGUCCUUGGACAUGGAAAUGGUGGCGGACACGGUCACAGCCACGGACACAGUUCCCAAAGAUGGCCAUCAAGUGCAUCAAGCAUCUCAGAAAAGUCCCGAACAUCAGAACGCACAGCAUCAUCAGCCAACACCGUAACAACCGUCUCUGAAGACCCCAACUUCACUCGACUAAAGGUACUGAUUACCAAAGCCGCCAUAAACAGCGGCUAUCAACGAAAUAGUUCUCAAAACCUAUCAUCAUUCGUGAAAUCUCUACCAUCAGACGCAUUCGGUUCCGCGCCAUGGCAAACAUCUCUACUAAAGUACUAUCGGAAACUGGUUGCAUUUGAUCCUGCUUUUCGCACCGUCGGACCUCAAACACGGGUUAGCGCGAUGGAUGUCGCGCGAGCUUGUCAAGCAAUGCUUCAGAGUGGACAGUAUUCCUGGCUGAGAGAUCUUUAUCGUCUCGUAUUUGGUUUUCAUAUGGAGGAAGCGAUGGGUCAGAAGGGGAUUAUUAUUCAAGCAUGA